GCUUACACUGUCAGUGGCCCUUAUAUACCCAACACAAACACCAGAACCCUUCCUACUGUAGUUAAGUUUGAAGAUGUCUCAUGGGAGUGGCUUCAGUGGCACUGGCAAGCUCAGGCAGUUCAUGUGCAUAGAAUAUCCAGGACUCGUGGAGAAUGUUGAUAAGAUGAUCGAAACAUUGGGCGGAAUUCAAAAAAUAUCAGAGGUGUAUUGCGAGGAUAAUCGUAGAAUGGAACUGCGUUUUCGUCCAAACGACGUGUACUGCAAACCUACAUGUAGUGAGCGGCAUAACUCCACUGCUCUGCUGCUGCGAGUUGUACGAAAGAGGAAGAAGAAAAAAAUUGUAGAACAGAAAGUUGAUGGUGACCCCUUGGAUGUGUCAGAGGAAAUGGCUGCAAAGAGAAGGGAGGAGUCAACAAGCAUCAAAACAGACUUGAUUGGGGUUGUCCAUACUACAUAUAAAUUUAAUAGUCUGUGUGACUUUCAGUACGUUCCCUUGGUUAGCAUGGAAGAAGGGCAGCCACUAAUGUGUGUUUAUGACCAGCUUGUUCCAAGAGGGAUGGAGAAAGCUGAUUGGUUGAACCAACCAGCACCAUUGUACCUGCCUCCAGCUGCCUUCACUCGUAUGGACACCCCACAGGAUUAUCGUUACAGAAGAGAAGGAAACACUGAGAGCAAAUCAAAGAUACCCCAAAACAUUAUUUCUCGUACCCGUCAGAGAAGAACGCAUUUUGCUCUCUUCCAUUCGUUUAAGGAUGAAGAAGUACCGAGGAAUCCACUGCCAGGAGCCAUGUCACAGAUUCGUGUGAAAUUCAUGGACAGUGCUCUCUACCAGGGCCUCAGGAAUGAGUUUGAAAAGCGUCCUAUAUGGUCAAAAAAUGCUCUUAGAGUUAGACUGGACUAUACUAAGGAUAAACUUAAGUAUCUACUACCUACUUUGUCCUACUACUUCCACACUGGUCCUUGGAGAAACUUAUGGGUCAUGUUUGGUUACGACCCUCGUAAAGAUCCCAAUGCCUGGAUCUACCAGACCUUCGAUUACCGCAUCAGACAGGCUGGUGGUGUGAAAACAAAGGUGGAAGCAAAACGUAGUUACUCCAACUACGUCUUGCCUUACAAGAGCACCAAUGCAUCAAAGAGAAAAACUUCUGUCAUCCAGUCACUUCACUUUGGUGAGACAGGUGAAGAUGGUAAUGAAGAAGCAACUGGUGUAGACAAGAACUUGGAAGAACUGUACAUCUUUCGACCAGGGAUGAUUCCACCUUACCGACAGAUGUUUUAUCAGUACUGUGACAUCCAAGUACCUGAAAUUCAAAAACUCCUGGAGGAGUCUAUAUUGAGUGGAGCCAACAAAGUUUGUUCAGAGAAAUUUGGUUGGCUACCUGCAGGCGUUGAGGCAAAAUGUCGAGACAUCAUGUCGCAUCUCAUUGAGAAAACUAUUGCUGAAAGAACAGCACAAGGCCAGGGACUUGAUGAAGAGGAGUUGCGGUCCAACUCUGAUACAGACUCUCCCACAGAGGGCAACUCCACUGAGGAAGAAACUGGGGAGUAGAUGGCCAGAGAUUUUUUUAUUUUUCUGCUGUGUGUUGUGCAGUUUUUUGUAUCCAGUGAGUAUAUUUCACUUAAUAAACAGAUUUCUGAUGAACCUUU